AUGAGUAGCAAUUCCAGCAGUUCGUCCUGCUCUUCUGACAGUCCGCAGAAAAUUUCUGCGAGCAGCAAGUAUCAUCAGGAGGCACGUUCAGGAACUACCAAUGAAAGCUUCUCUGGAAAAGUGGAUCAGAAUGGAAAUGCUCGCCCUUUUAGAGAAAUAGGUAAGGAUACGGAAUAUCUGUCGCCAGGUAGAGCAGAAACCUCUACCGAGCCCGAAGGACAGUCAAGAAAUAGGCUUUCCCCUUCGAUCAAAACUCCUGACGAUGAUUCAUUUCGUCCUCGACAAAAAGGUCCUCCUGUGGGAUUCGCACGCUCUUCGCCAAAUUUAAAAGCUUUGAAUACACUUGCCAGUGCAGAGCAAGCGAGGCUAUUAGAGGAUUAUUUAUCUGGAAAUAUGUCUCGUAGAAAUGGUAGUUAUGUUGACCCACUUUAUCGUCAACUCAAUCCUACCCCGGGUGGUACUAGAAAUAAGCCAGUUUGGAGUUUAAAUCAACCACUACCGCACGUUUUAGAUAAAACCUUGGCAGAAAAGAUGAUACAAAAGAACAUAGAUGCCAGAUCUCAUGCUUCCUCGAAAUUAGGCUCAAGAGAUGCGUCACGGUCCGGUUCAAUGACUUCAAUUAAUGAUUGGAAGAAAUUCCUGAGGCGUGCUGCGUCGAAUAUGAAGCUAACCGACAUCGAAGCACAGCUUCCUAAUGCUGGGAAUGGCGCUGGUGACCUGUCACCUAAAUCAAAAGUAGAACACAUUCAAAAACCUUCUGAGUCACAAAUUGAGUUUGCUCAAGAGAGCAGAACUAAGCCCCAUCAUGCCGUCAGUUUUUCAUUGGGAGGUGAAAGUUAUCCACCGUCGGUAGCUGGUGAAGAACCGCAAUCAUUUCCAAAUGUGCGAAAGAAAGAUGAACGUGAGUCAAAAGAGGCAGAUCUUUUGAAAGGGACUCUUGAACAGGAGGCUAAAAUUACAAGUAAACUGGACGGAGACAGCAGUAUUGGUAACAUAGAGGAUGAUCAUCCAGACGAACUGAAAUUCACCAAUUUUUGGGCGAAAAUUCGAUAUCGUAUGCGUGAGCCGUUUGCGGAAUUCCUUGGUACACUAGUGCUUGUAAUUUUCGGUGUGGGCGGUAACCUUCAGGCCACUGUAACAAAGGGAAGCGGAGGAUCUUAUGAGUCUCUGUCAUUUGCAUGGGGCUUCGGUUGUAUGCUUGGUGUUUAUGUCGCUGGUGGUAUUAGUGGUGGUCAUAUUAACCCUGCUGUUACUAUUUCGAUGGCAAUUUUCAGAAAAUUCCCUUGGAAAAAGGUACCAGUUUAUAUCGUUGCUCAAAUUAUCGGUGCUUUCUUUGGUGGAGCAAUGGCGUACGGCUAUUUUUGGAGUUCGAUUACAGAGUUUGAAGGAGGACCGCAUAUUAGGACUACGGCAACUGGUGCAUGUCUCUUCACCAAUCCCAAGACAUAUGUAACUUGGCGAAAUGCAUUUUUUGAUGAAUUUAUCGGUGCUUCGGUAUUGGUAGGUUGCUUGAUGGCUGUGUUAGAUGACAGCAAUGCUCCGCCAGCUAACGGUAUGACGGCGUUCAUCGUAGGACUUUUAGUGGCCGCGAUAGGUAUGGCCCUUGGAUACCAAACAAGCUUCACAAUAAACCCAGCUAGAGAUCUGGGUCCUCGUAUAUUCGCUUCUAUGAUUGGUUAUGGUCCUCAUGCCUUUCACCUUACGCAUUGGUGGUGGACUUGGGGUGCUUGGGGAGGGCCAAUUGCUGGUGGAAUUGCAGGAGCUCUUGUAUACGACCUGUUCAUUUUCACUGGAUGUGAAUCACCUAUCAACUACCCGGAUAAUGGCUAUAUUGAACAUAGAGUAGACAAACUUCUCCACGCUGAGUUUUUGAAGAAUAAUAAUGCGGAAUCUGUUGAAGUUGACUUAGACAGCAACAGUAACAGUAAUUCCAGCAAGAAGUCUCCUCCUACAUAA